ACGCUUACAAAACAUUGAACUACCUAGAAGAAUUAUUAAUUUAUAAAAGUCAGUAGUUUUCACUACUGGAAUUGUGUUGUUGUGUGAUCUGCCAAAUUUCCAACUCAACAACACUUUUGGAAAAAUGCAGUCGUGUUCCACUCCUGAUCGCCAUGGGUACAGCGUGUGCUUUUCACCAUUCCAGCCAAACCAUUUAUUACUGGCCACAAGUCAACUUUAUGGCUUGGCUGGAGGUGGCACAUUAUUUCUGUUAGAGCUGCCUGCGGCGAAUGGCAAGGGCUUGACUGAACUUGGACGAAUGGAGUGGUCUGAUGGACUUUUUGAUGUGGCAUGGUGUCCGUAUGCGGAUAAUAUAGCGGCAACCGCUUCUGGUGAUGGCUCUCUGCAAAUAUGGGGCGGGCUAGACGAUAACACCGAUUCAGAAGAAAUGCUGAAGACGCUUACUCAGCCCUUGAUUUGCUUGCAGGAACACAAAAACGAGGUGUACAGCAUCAACUGGGGCGAACAGUGGAACAGUCAUCAGCUGUUGUCAGCCAGUUGGGACGGCACCAUCAAACUAUGGGAUUGCCAUCGCCAGAACUCGUUGGCCACCUGUACCGGACAUAGUGACCUCAUCUACUGUGCAAAGUUCUCGCCACUUAUUGCCAACCUCUUCGCUAGCGUAAGUACAGAUGGUUACUUAAACUUAUGGAAUUCUGCUCUUGAAUUUUCAGGUAAACCACUGAUGAGCAUCGAAGCAGCGCACAACGGCGAAGUACUUGCCUGUGACUGGAGCCAAUUCGACCGAAACUUUCUGAUGACUGGUGGUUCGGAUGGACUGGUGCGGGCUUGGGACUUACGAAACAUGCGACAUCACAUCUUUCAACUUUACUCCGGAGAAUUCGCGGUACGGCGCCUAGCUUGCUCCCCGACAACGGCAUCGGUGGUGGCAACAGCAAAUUACGAUUUCACCACUAGAAUCUGGGAUUUCAAUCAGUCUUUAGACGCUAUGGAGGUCAAUGUAAAUCAUACAGAGUUCGUGUGCGGAUUGGACUGGAAUGCUAAUAGACCACAUCAGCUUGCCGACUGUGGCUGGGAUGCCGUCGUUAAUGUUUAUACGCCGAAAACACUAACUGACCUGUUGGACUAGGGAUUCUGGGGAAUGCUUGGGACGUUAAUGCAUUACCAAAUAUACAACUUGAUGAGAAGAGGUUUAAAGUAAUGUUAAAAGCUUUGUAAAUGCGCUGUGAAAACUAUUAGAUUUGAUAGUUAGAAGCUAAGGAAUCGAAAAGAAGCAAAAUACAAAGGAUGACUUUAAAAGGUAUGAAAUAGAGGACCACGAGGAACAAGUA